AUGUACGAAGGGAUUGACAACCUGAAAUCCCUUUACGACCGUGCCGGAAAGACUUUCUCCGGCGGUACUUCUGCGGCACAGGAUGUGCCGCGUCGUACUGCUCAAACAGACCCAGUACGUCGAUCAUCAGUUGGGAGCGGGGCUCCCAAGAAUCCCAGGACGGGGGAUAGCCGCGCCACCGGACGAGAUAACUCGUCCGACGUCCGUUCACGUCGCGGUGGUUCAACAGCUGCUCAACUAGAUAGAGCUGGCCACCGCGAGAGUCCUCUAAUGGAGGUGGAGGAGGAGGAAAGACGCUCCCCACACGAUCAUAUGGAUCGGUGUGUUCCCGAGAGCUUCUUUGAUCGCGUAACGCAAGGGUUACGCAACGAUCUCAAACAUGAGCGGAAUAGGCGUCUCCAAAUGGCGGACACUGCCUCGAAGCAUCGAGCUGAGUUUGCCUUUGCUCAGAUUUAG